AUGUACUCCAAAAUUGUUAUCGUCAGUGCCUUACUGGCUUUCUGCCAAGCUGGUUUGAUCAACGAUGGACACCAAGUAGUUUCCUCCCAGAGCAUAGUCCGCCAUGAUGACCGGUCUGCGCAACAAUUAGGCCACUAUACUCCCGUAGUGGAACAUUCCGGUCCCAUCCUUCACCAUGCUGGCCCAGUCAUUGAACAGACUUCCUACCUCCAGCAUGGUGGUGCUAUCGUCCAUGCGGCUCCGUUAGUGCAACACGUGGCUCCGGCUACCAUCCACCAUGCUCCCGUGGUUCAGCACAUCGCUCCCGUUGCUAUUGGACACGGUGAACAUGUUGAAGAACAUGCUCCAGCUAAAUACGAGUUCUCUUACUCCGUGGAAGACCCCCACACCGGUGACCACAAGUCCCAGCACGAGACUCGUGAUGGUGAUGUCGUGAAGGGAGAAUACUCUCUUGUACAGCCUGAUGGCUCCGUACGCAAGGUCGAAUACACCGCUGAUGACCACAACGGUUUCAACGCGGUCGUGCACAACUCUGAGCCGAACCCGCACGCGGCUCCUCCGAGCCCCGCUCCUGCUGUACACGCCGCUCCUGUGGUUCACGCUGCUCCUGUCGUGCACGCCGCGCCCGUCGUACACGCCGCACCUAUCGUUCACGCGACUCCCGUCGUACACGCCGCUCCCAUCGUCCACGCAGCCCCGCUCGUUCACGCUGGUCACCUCGUCCAUGCUGCGCCAGCGCACUACAUCACCACCCACCACUAA